CCACAGUUCUCUAGAGCUCCAUUCCUUAUCGCAUCCAGCCUCUUCACAUCGCCUCAACAUCGCUUAGCCAUGCAUCCUUGUUUCCAGGUCUCGGAAUUGACAUCGUUAAUUUGUGCGAUGUUGAUCGAACCCAACUCGAUGAUAGUCACUUUUCGGAGACAGAAAUCGUUCAGGAAGGACUUAGCCUCACUCGCCUCUACAUGCAAGGCUUUCAAGGAGCCCGCUCUGGACGCACUAUAUUAUGAGUUACGUUCUCUCGCCCACCUCUUUAUGUGCCUGCCGCCGGACCUAUGGAAGAUUGAGGACAAAGUCAAAAGAGCUGAUCAUAGAGGGGUACUUGACACUCAAAAGAUCCUGUCUUUUCUGCGUGCAAUGCGUCGCAGUGACUGGCUCAUCCUGGAGGGUUACGCCCGUCGUGUUCACAGUCUGGAUAUUUUAGGCGGGGACGACAUUGCUAUCGAUUCGGAGGUACUCAUUAUGGUUUCCAUCUACUGUGGCGUCUCGCUCUUUCCUCAACUUCGUCACAUCCACAUUUCCUAUAUAGCACGACGUACUGGCUCAGAUUCACCAUUCUCUUUGCUAGCAGCCAAACUGUCGUUCGGUCCAGCCCUUUCUCAUCUACACUUAUCGAACGUUGAUUCUUCAUCGUUGCCCAUCAUUUUGCUAGCCAGUCAGUCAAGUCCAGCGCUUCAAUCGCUCGAUCUAAAGCCUGUCUCGGAGGCUCGCGUCCUAAUGACACCCUUCCUGACAGAAGCGGUCCAUGGAUUUCGACAGUUGAGAGUAUUCGACGUCUUUCUUCCUGGUGAUGCAACUUCCCAAGCCGGCUUGCUAUCAGCCCUCCGGAGCUUGCAUUCCCUAGAACGUCUCUCACUCUCUGUGUCUACUAGGGACCAAAUGAACCAUACGCCUUCGCCAGCCAUAUCCCUUUCCAAUCUUAGUCACUUCAGCAUCAGGUGUUAUGCACGUCAAGUCGAGGACAUCAUGCGCUGCUUCCUCCACUUGGACACUGUCACGUCCUUCACAGGGAUAAUUGUGGGCGUUGCAGACAUCUCAUCUCUAGAUGUUGACCAAGCUUUGAUCUCUCUCGCCACAAAGCUGCCAGAUACAGUUUCUAGUAUUGAUCUGACGAUACCACGCGAAUGCAAAGAUUUCGAAAGCAGUUCUCUACAGUCCCUCAACAAAUUCCACGAACUCAAGCACCUGACCUUAACGAUGGGGACCUUGCCUUUUCAUAACGACCACUUUGUCUUACUUACAUUCCCCCACCUGCUGAGCCUGUGCCUGCACUCGUCCGAGCGAAAGCUCUCCGCUACAUUGCAAAGUGUGGGACUUCUCUUGCGGCAUUACCCUCGCUUGAUGCACCUCUCUCUUGCGGUGGACGCGCAAAAUAUCCCCAACGCCGAAUGUGACACGUCGCCACUUCACGUCUGUAGUAGAACACUAACCUCUUGGGAUGUCACGCGGUCUAUUACUGAAGACCCCGAGUUCACUGCUCGACACAUCAUGAGCAUGAUACCUAAUCUCUGCAAACUUACGUCACAGAACAUGUCCAAGCAAGGAGCGCUCUGGAAGAGGGUAGCAGACCUCGUCGACUUUUGGAGGGUUGCCUUUCGGCAGUGCCAUUCUAAGUGAUAGUCUAUGAGCUGACGUGUCGCAGCCGAAGGGCUGCUACGGCUGAGUCGCCGUCGAAGACCUUCGCACUCCAUUCUGCGCGAAGCCACCCCAUCGACUGGCGACGGUGUUUUGUUCUGUUAUGUAAAGCCAUAAGCGAGGAAAGAUAUAAUCUGGCCAUGUCUCCCUUUCGAUUCCGAGCUCUCAGUUCUCAUUCCUUCGUUCGCGCCCCUCGCACCCGUUUCGUCGUCCUCACUUACGUUCUCUCACACGAUGCGUUCUUUCAUCACCCUUGCUCUUGUUCUCGCUGUUGCUGGCUUCGCCUCCGCCCUCCCCGUUACGGCUGGCGAUGUUAGCGCUGCCGACUGUGCCCAUGCUGACGUCAAGAACAUCGGUAACGGCGCCGGUGCGAAGCUCCUAAACAGCCGCAAUGGCAUCGGCGCUGCUGGCGUACUCAACGAGGAUGUCAAGAGCGCUGCGGACGAAGCCAAGUCCGGGGUGCUUCGCCGGCUGGGCGACGUCAGCGCCGCUGACAACCUCAAUGCGGACGCCCAGAACGCUGCCAACGGCACCAACACCAAUGCGCUCGAUGUUCACCACCGCGAUCUUAACGCCGGUAAUGGGCUCGAUGCGGACGCCGAGGAUGUUGCCAACGACGCUCAUGUCGACGCUCUCAAUGUCAACCACCGUCGCGACGUCAGCGCCGCUGACAACCUCAACGCCAAGGUCGGGGAUGCCGCUAACGAUCCCAACGUCAAUGCCUUGAACGCCAGCCGCCGCCAUGACAUCAGCGCUGCGGACGGCCUGGAUGCGAAGGCCGAGGACGUUGCCGACGAUGCCAGUGUCAAAGCUCUCAACGUCAACCACCGCGACGUCAGCGCUGCCGACGAUCUGAACACCAAUGCCCAUGACAUCGCUAAUGACGCCAAUGUCGACGCGCUCAACAUCAACCACCGCGACACCACCGCUGCCGACAACGCUGACGUCAAGGUCAAGAAUGUCGCCAAUGGCGCGGACGUCAACCUUGCCCUGCGUCAAGUCCCGGUCGAUCCCUCCAGCGUCGCGGAUCCCAAGAACUCGACGGUCACGGAGGUCACUGGCGACUCUACCCCUAAUGUCCGCCGUCAGUAUGGCGACGAGCCUUACGUCGGUAACCCCGCAGACGACGAGAACGUCGGCCUCCGCCGUCAGUACGGUGAUGAACCUUACGGUAACCCGGUUGACCAGGCUGAGACCGCCCUCUGAGCACUUCAUCUUCCUGAAGCGUUGGGCACCUCGUUUUCCUCCAACUUAGACCUGGGGUAUCGCUUAUACUAAAUCCUUCUGCACAUAUUUUUA